AUUCUUAUCGGAGCAGUUUUUCUCUAUUGCCUGGCGCUGGUCGGUUAUGGUGUCCCCACAGUGAUGAGAUGUACUCUAAUGCAAUGGUUCAAAGAAGUAGGAUUUUCAACAUUAUAUGGAGCGCUUUUACUCAAAACAUGGAGGAUAUCCGUUGUAUUCCGGGUUCGUUCGGCGGCGAGAGUCCGGAUAACCGAUAUGGACCUGAUAAAGCGGUUGGGUCUUAUCAUCGCAGUGUCACUCUUUUAUCUAAUAGUCAGAACUGUGGUGUCUGCCCCCACGGUAGAGAUUGGCGAAUCGUUACAUGGCCUAAAGGCAUACCAAUGCUCAUAUGAUUGGUGGGAUUAUGCAGCAAAUAUUGCCGAGCUAGUUUUACUACUUUGGGGUAUCAGGUUGUGUUACGUAGUAAGAAAAGCACCAUCAGAGUUCAACGAGAGUAGAUUCAUAAGUUGGGCGAUCUACAACGAAACACUUCUUUCUCUUUUCCUAUGUGUUGCAACAUUCUUCCUACAAGAUUUGGCCAAUCCAGAUGUCUUAUAUCUUAUUUGGUUCUUCUAUAGUCAGCUUACAACUACUGUAGUCAUAGUUCUUCUUUUUGGUAGUAAGUGCUAUCUUGUAUUACACGGCAAAGGGGAUAAGACGGAUAGCCGUAUGAAAACUGGCACUACUGGUCUUAGACAGAGGACGUGGGAUGCAACUAACUCACUCUCGUCACAAGGCCUCAUGGUGAAGCAUGAAGAAAAACCGCUCAACCAAGUAGAUAUUCAAGAAGAACUCAAGAGACUAUAUACGCAGCUGGAACUCCUGAAAACAAGGAACAUGGUAGUUGGCAACCCUCACCUGACCCGCAAGCUCACCGCUAUGGCCGAAGCGGCCCGAGCCACAGAACAAAUGCUGAUAGACUCGAACGAGCACGAGCUCAGUUGUGCUUCCAACGGAGUGGCCGAGGUGACUUAUACAGUCAACAACGGCAGGACUAAUAGCGCUUCGACUAAAGGAGAUUGGAUUUGAAGACAAUUUGGUGAAAGAGAAAUGACUUUUACCUUCUCCUUUGUGGAAAAAUUCAAAACUCCCAAUUCCGUGUGUUUGUGACUGCGGUUAUGGACUAUGUACACUACAAUUAUGUGUUCCUAGAGGAAGUAUCGAGACAUUUUGAAAAUGAAUGAAAAGCAGAGUUUGGGGCAUCUUAAUUUGUAAGUAAAGAAAGAGUUAUGUCAUCAUUGAGAAAUCGUUAAGAGUCAACCGUUAAAUGGGUCUCAGCUCAGAACCACUAGUCCAGACGUUAAGUAAAAAACAACAUCGGGAUGUAAUGCGACAAGGGGAUAAGUACAUCUGCUGUAGCAAUCUCGUGGAACAUUGUAUCGCUGCGAUUGCAAUAUACUUCACAGUUCCGUUGUUGCAAGCUUUCCAAGACGGAUAAAACUCAACGGACCGACAUGACCGAGGGUCUGUGUUUGACGUCACAACUACACACAUUUGUAUCAUUCUCUGCAUGUGCUCAGCAUGUUGGUAGAGGUGAUCAUGGCAUUUGGAGCAGAAUUUGUGAUUGGCAGAGAAGAAUCAUAUCUGUAACUGGAAGUAUUUAAAACGAGUUACAUGGUAAAGAUCAUUCUGAUACGCGAGAUUACUUCUGUUGAUAUAACAGUCUCCGAUGCGAUGUGUGUUCGUAAUGUAAUAUCUGACAUUACUCUAGUUUACAAGCGAACUCGCUCUAUCGUGUCAGAGUGAGUUUCAUUAUGCAUCAUGAGCGAAAAGGAGACAAUGUUUUGUACUAACAUUUUAAUUUUUCAUAAAGAACAUCUAACAUUACAUAUUGCUGACCUCACAAAUAAAAGGGACCUGAAAUAGUGGGGUUGGCCUGAAGUUACAAGUUUCAAAAUCAUGGGGUGGUAAAGCUUAAUAGUCAGCCACCCAAUAACAUCCUGUGUCACCGCUAUGCAUCCCGUAUUUGCACAGAUUUAAAAACAUUCUCGUCACAUGACUGACUCAUAAAAAUUGAUUGCCCUCUUAGGAAAUGAUAUUGAUGAUAUAGGAAUGGAAAAUUUCUAGUAAUGAAAUAUUGUAUGCAGCUGUUGUUAAAG